GCCGGGGGAGAAAGGGUCCGCGACAUACUGCACGUUACCUAUAUAGGUGUGCUCGAGAAGGCGAAAGUGACAUGCCAUGUAUGCCCCCGCGCCGCCGAGGUGCAAGCGACGGACGCCGUUUCCGGCGGGUUUGGAGGGGGAGAAGAGGGGUUCGGUUCCCACGGUGGCGCCAUAGAGAGAUAGGCAGAGACAGAGAGAGGCUGGAAGGUCUUAUUCUGUGCGCUGGUUGCUCAGAGUUUCCUGGACACAUGGAGAAGCGGCGGGGGGGGUGGCUCUGUGGGACCGGCUGCAUGGCGCUACUUUUGCGGCCCAUCGUGUGGCGUGAGAGAUAUUGGGAACAUUCUGCCAAACUGCAGACGGAUGUCCUUGGAAAGCACAUCUUGGAGAACAGUAACGCAAGUGGCCGGGCGUCAGGUAUACCAACGACUUCCAAACCCCCUCGCCGUCCAGUGGAUAACGAGGGCGGCCAGGGUGCCCCCCCAGGGUCCCAGCAAACCUACUUCCCCGGUGCUUGUUGGUACGGUCUCUCGCUCGAGUGUGUAGAUGUUGCACGCCCCCCCCCAAACCGCAUGUUCCUCUUCCCCUCCGUGAGUUUCACGUCCGGUCAUCGUGCAACCCCGAAUCAAGGCAGGACGUCGCCAUGGCGGUCAGACAGGUUCAAUACCCCUUGCGAGGGAGAAGGAAAAAGAGGAGACGGACGGGCAGAGGUGGCUGCCGAAAGUGUCAUUGUCCUAUGGUGGGUGAUGCGGCCACACUGCCGUUGUCGCUCCGAGACCGCGUGCCCUGGGCCGAUCGCCGUGCUAUUCUACGUUCGCUCCCCCCGGCAACUCCCCGGGGGAUCCGAGCUAGAGUUCUUGCGGGGGGCCUUAUCUGUCACCCUGCACCUUAUCGAUAGUUCUUCCUCUUUUAACUUCACCUUGGAACUUACUAACCUGGGUACCUAGCUGUGUGCUACAACGCCAUAUCACACCUUUCGGUGAGGGUGAGCUGAGCCCUUUU